UUCAGAAUUUGCGAAUUAUUCAGUUUCAAUCAGAAAACUAAAAAUGAAGUUUUGUCUUUUCGUUGUAUUAUUCGGUGUUUUCACCAUAUCCAUGAGCAUGGCCUUAAAUGGCUAUACAGUUGAGGAGAGAAUCCAAAAUGGGAAUAACGAUGCGGCAGCUCGAAAAGACCAAAACAUACUCGGAUUGAAAGGUUCAACAGAACAACUAGCAGAAGUAAAGUAUAAAAAAGUGCUUGAUUUAUUGAGGCAAUACCUCAUUGGACUGCAAAAACUACCCAAGGUAGAAUUUGGUGACUUAAGUGAUUUAGACAAGUUGGAGAAAGCUCUGGAGAAUAAAGAUGUUAAACAUUUAAUAGAACUACUAAAGGACUUCCUUGUCGGUGUGCAAAAAUUACAAGAAACUCCAGGAAAAGCUACUACUGAUGCAAAACCUGCUGCUGCAAAACCAGCAGCUGAGGCUAAACCAGCUUCACCAAAAUAAGUUUUGUGAAUAUCUAAAAUUAGAAGGAAAAUAAAAAAAUAUAUUAAUUUACUCUUA